GGCUGAGGCAAAUCAAAAUGCGAUGUCACUGUUGUGCACAUCUGAGUUUGAAGGCCAAUUCACAACAAAACCCUAGCUACUGCUUCGUCUGCCGAAUUCCCCCUCCGCUCGCUUCGCACGCCGCCCGUCGCCGCGGCGGCGUCUGCGAUUGUCCCUCCCGCUGCAAGGAGCACAUGCUUCUCGCCGCGCCGUUAGCCCGCCGCCGCCACCACCGGUUCACCUUCAGCUAUGUCUUCUCAGGUCGACAGGCGCAGCCAGUCCGCCGGGAAGCGCGCCCGCACCGACGGCAGCCGGCGUGAGGACGACUGGGUUUGCCCCAGCUGCAAGAACGUCAACUUCGCCUUCCGCACCACUUGCAACAUGCGCAGCUGCAACCAGUCCAGGCCAGCAGAUCACACGGCCAUGCAAACCCCGCCUCACUAUCCCACGUCAGGGGGUUACAUGGGCCCUGGGACGCCACCAUCGAUGUACCUUGGUGGGGGCGCUCCCCCAUAUGGAUCCUCAAUGUUUAAUGGGCCUGCGGUGACACGCUAUGGUAUUCCGCAAUUUCCUGGGGGUUCUGCGUAUUCAUAUGGAUAUGGUGGUCCCAUACCAAUGGGGAGCCCCUACGGGCCAAUGCAAAUUGCUGGGCCAACUCCAUACUCUGGUGGAACUAUGAUGACAGCAGGUGGAAUGUAUGGAAUUCCCAUGGACAGGUAUGGGCCAAUACCUGCUGGUCCUGGUCCAAUGGGCACAAGGGCUGGCUCAUAUUCUGAUGAAGGUUCUCAGAAGAAGCCUGCAGGAGCUGGCCGUGAUAAUGAUUGGGAGUGUCCAAAUUGCCAUAACAUCAACUUUGGCUUUCGCACAGUCUGUAAUAUGAGAAAGUGCAACACACCUAGACCUGCAAACCAGGGAUCUAAGUCUGAUGGUUUAAGGGGCUCAAAAGCAAAGAUGCCAGAGGGCAGUUGGAAGUGUGAGCAGUGCAAUAACAUAAAUUAUCCUUUCCGAACAAAAUGCAAUCGUCCCCAAUGUGGAGCAGAAAAGCCAUCACAAACAAACAAUGUGAAUGGUUCAGCGACAGAUCAGGACAAUCAGGUCUGUGUUUCAGAACCUUCAGUAUGGUCCUCAACAUUUGCUGCACCUUUAUUUAGAACAUUAACUUGCAUGCCUAUUAUAUAUUUAAUACUGUUUUUAAUCAUUUUGUUGCCCUCAUAUUUGAUUGCAUAUAGCUUGAUUUAUCAUGUUACAGUGAGUCCUAGGACAGUAAUGAGGGUCAAGAAGGUCCAGCGUCGUCGUCAAGGUUCAGUCUGAAUGUGGGGUACAUCUCUGUCAGUAGUCGCUCCAGUUGUUACAAGUUUCUUCCCCUUGGGACCUUAGUCGAGUUGGCAAUGGAGUCUUGUCUUCCCUAAUCACUACAGAUAAUGGUCAAGAACAUCGUUCUUGCCUUUCCUGGCUGAGCUUGGUUACUUGUCUUUGUUACUACUUACUAGUACUCUGGGUAAAGUGCCAUCUGUUAUAUGAAUGCCUUUUAGUUAUCUGUGUCAUAGAAUAUCACUCAUCUGUUAUGAAGUAUCACAACCGUCAUCAUUUUGUCUUGGUUUUGUUAAGGCUGCGUUCUGGUCGUUGUUUUUCGAUUUAUGGUUGGUUUGUUAUUUUACAGGUGUUAUUUCUGAAACCUUUCUUUCCUUCCAUAGUAGUUUCCUUAGGGAUGUUGCAACUUAAUGAGGAGCUCUACUGAAAUAAUUAGGAGAAUUCUUUCCCUGUUAAGGGCUAGUUUGUUAGCCAGGGAAUUGGAGGAUAGCAAGGGGUUUCCUCCCCCAUAGGUUACCUCUAUUUCCCUUGUCACCAAACCAGCCCUUAGGAAUAGUUAGGUCUGAAGUUGACAGUGAACGUCUCGGAUGCAUAACUGCAUAUGCUACUGUUAUUGUCUUCCAUGUUCUCCGGGUCCGGGGCUUCAGCUAAUAGCUGUUCAAGUAUGACCGUACAGUAUUUUGGUUAGAAGAGAUGCUCCUUGGUGAAAGUGAUGUGCAUCUCACUGUGCAGUGGUAGUAGACUAAUCACCCUGCAUGCUUGUCUUGAUUAUGACUGAUUCACUGACUUGGUACCAUUGGACUUAGUUUUUGCCAUGUAACAUUACGAAGCUUUUAUCAAAGCUACGACUUCUGCAUGAAUUUCAAGACAGCAGUGAGCAGACGGAUCUUCCUUGUCCUACUGCUGGAUCACCGACAUUGCGGAUGUCAGCGCUCAGUGAAUUGCAGAACAGUCUUUCAAACUGAUGCGCUACCAUUUCGUAUUGGAAAACAAGGUGAGGAAUUCGCACCAGGUGGGUAUACUUGUGUCUCGACUCUCGACAGCCCUGAUUUGGAAUCGUUUCAGUAUGUGCCUGGAGUGAUUCUUGUCUUAUUUUCAUUCUUCUCUUUUUUUUUCUGUUGAUUAUGUUUUCUGCUUAGCUUUGUUCUUACACAUACUAUCAUAAUGUAAAUUUGUCGUUCCAUUUCAAAAUUGUACGGGAGAUGAUUCUUCAAAUGCUAUGCAAUUAACAUGCCCUUCCCUUCCAUAUUGUGAGGGCUUAUAUGUUUCUUGAUCUGUUGGCUGCGGUUUGUGGUGCCCACUGUUACGAUUCCAAUUUCUCCUGACUUCUCGACAAUACAGGACAAGCGGUUCGGCCCAGAAGUGUUUUAGUACUCGAGCUGCAUGCAGGCCCAUUUAGCACGAUCUGGCUAUGACUUCCUACAUGGCCCAGAAGCCGUCGUCUACUGAUCGCUCCAGCUUCUUCUUCCUUCGUCGCCGCUGGGCUGGUAACAUUCAUUCGCGGACCAUCCUCCCUCGAUCGAAGUUAGCGAGGCCUUGCCACUGCACCUCAUCGCUUGGCCACCCUCUGUUCUCCGUUGCGGGGCGGACUAUAAUUUCCGCUACAAAGUAUUUACAUGACAUUUGUGGCACCGUCAAUGCUCUACUCAUAUUUUCAAUUUUUUAAAAUUAUAACGAUACAUGACUUU